UUUUUAAAUUUGACUAGAGACGCAUGAUGCUCAUGCGUCUUAAAGAGAGACGCAUGAGCGUCAUGCGUCUCUACUUCGAAUUAAACCAGCUGCGAAGGCAGUAGCUCCUCAUUCACGCACGCAGACAGCAAAGGUUGCGAUUUCCUUGGCGAUUUCUUGGCGACUCCCGUCAUAUUUCGAAAUCAUGCAAGUAUUCGUGAGUUUAUAUUGGGGUGGUAGAAUAUAUCAACUUCCUCAUGUGGGCAUUUGUUAUGAUCCUCCUCGUGCGAGAGCUUCCAUCGUAUUGGAUUCAUGUGUUUCAUUAUCUGAAUUAGUAGGAAUGAUAUGUGCUAAGAUAAGAAUAGAUUCCAACCAACACUUCAUCGAAAUAUCUUGGAGGCAUUGUUUCUUGGGUACCGGUACGAGUUAUGUAUGUACUGCGGUUGACAGUGAUCAAAGUGUGUUUUAUAUGUUCAAUGCGGCUCUAAAUUCUACUCGGCAUAUUGAAUUAUUUGUUGAGUAUUCGUAUGUUGGAAAUGCCUUAAUCCCACCAAUUGUUGAUCAUGGUGUUGGUUCAUCUACGAGGUUUGAACCUAUGAGCAUCGACUGCGGUAUGAAUGAGCAAACAGACGUUGCAGAUGUUGGAUUGAAUACUCAAGAGAAUGUACAAGAACAUGCUGAUGUUGAUGUUGUACGAGGAGACCUUGCAGAUCCAGAAUUGUCGUCAUCAUCGUCUGAUGAUAUUUUAAGUGAUGAUUCCGGUGCUGACUCUAGUGAUGAGGAUGUAGUGUAUAAACCCGUCGUAAAAGGUGAACAACCACUUCCAGAAUAUGUUCACACUGGGUUGAAAUAUUUUCGCAAACUGCCAAGUGGUCGUACUGAGGUACCUGAAGUUGGUAAUGAACGCAGUACCAUGUACUGGGAUGAAGAACACCCAUAUCGGAUUAAUGGUGGAACAAAAUUUGAUAGCAAGCUGCAUGUGAAGACUGCUAUUACUAUGUGGAGUCUGAGGCAACACCGGCAAUUUAGGGUGGUUGAGAGUAAAUUAAGAAGGUGGCAUGCCGUGUGCAAAUAUCCAAAUGGGAGGACAGAAGAUGGGACAGCUAUUAUCAGCGAGACCGACGCUGACAAAGCGAAUGAAUGUCGGUGGGAAGUGUCUGUUACACACAUGGCCCAUGAUGAAAUGUGGGAGAUUAGGAAGUGGCGGGGACGCCAUAGUUGUGAAGGUCAUCGUAAUGAUAGAGGACAUGCUAACUUUUCAUCACCAAUGAUUGCUUUGUGUAUUCGCCAUCAGUUGCUAAAAAAUGCCGAGUUUAGUGCCGCCGCCGUAAGAAAUUUUGUUCAUGACAAAUUUCAUGUGGUAGUCAGUUAUAAGAAGGCAUGGUAUGCACGGAGAAGGGCUUUAGAGAUUGUAUUUGGUGGAUGGGAGGAGUCAUUUAGGGAUUUGCCAAGCUACAUGCUUGAACUGCAGUAUAGGAAUCCAGGCACCAUUGUUGAGUGGAGGCAUAACGAGUUGUUGAGCCAGGGCCGUACUAAAGUCUUCUAUUACGUGUUCUGGGCACUUGGGCCUGCUAUACAUGCUUUCCAGGAGUGCCAACCAGUUUUGACAAUAGACGGAACUCACCUCCGAGGAAGAUUUAAAGGAAGUUGUAUUCUGCAAUACUGGAACUUUAGUGCUGCAUUGCAGCCAUGUAAGUGUCCUAUGUGCUCACAGCGCAUAACUAAGUUGAUACCUGAAGCAUCAUUGUAUCAAAGACGUCAAUCAGAAAUAAGUAAAGUCAUACGGAGUGUUGGCGAAUAUAACCGCUUGUUUAUGGGAGGAAUUUCUGGAUUCGUACUGAAAUUUCUUGCUUUUCCAUUGUAUAUAAAGAGAACGUUUCGAGAUAUGCUGAAUCCUGACAGACCUGGUGUUUAUCUCCAUGAAAUGCGGAUUGUUGCUAUGUUCCUUGGACUUAUCUACUCAUUCUCUCCCUUUGACUUUCUGCGUAUAGGUCGUGGGAACAUAAUAGAUUUGUUUGACUACUCUGCUUUUGCUCUCUCAUUCAUCUUGUAUCUGGUUGGACUGUACCUCCGUUGGAAGCGCGAAAGGAACAUUAGAGGGUUGGUUGACAUGCCGGAAGGGCAUGAUUGAGAGUCACUGCAAUGCCAGCAUCUUGGCAUUUUUUUCGACCGUUUGAGCUUGUAGAUAGUGCCGGAUGUCUUCACAAUUUGGCAAUGCGUGUUUGUGAUGUGGUCCAUGCUGUGUUUGCUCACCGGCCCUGAGCUAUGGUUGCAUGUUUCAUGUAGUUGUACUGCUGUGUUUAUAUCACUUGUACAUAAAACUAGAAAAUUAGGUCUCCGUCUAACUGCUUGGCUGUCUAUGAGUUCAGAUCGUUCUGUAGAAAUUCGUGUAUGGAUCUGCUUGUUGAAGUUGUAAGUUUUAGGUAGGGAAGAUAAAGAGACAACAUGGCUCUACUUGUAUUUGAGAAACUUUCACAUGUUUGCUCAAAGUGUAAUAAGAUUUGUAUUCAGGUUUCGUUUGCACUAAA